UGAUUUUUGUAGACUUCCCUUAUUGGCUUAUUCGACUUCUUGAAAGGCUAGGGUUGUGGUACAAAAUUCAAUGGGCCACCAGAUUCUUGUGGGUUGGUUAUGAAGAGUUAAUUGGGCUUGCCAGUCAUAGAUAUAACUCAUAUAAGUCAUCAUCUUCAUCUAAUCGUUGUUAUUUUUUUUGUUUGGUCUGACAUCUUCAUCUCAUCAGAUAUGUGUAAUUCACGCUUCUUGAACCAAAAAAAUGUCCAGGUCUCCUUAACUCCUUUGGUCGUCUGGUGAAUAGUUAGGGCGCAAAGAAUACGUAAGUUGAUUUCCAAAUCCAUUAAUCACUCACAAACGUCCAGCCAGCCCAAUUCUUUAUUAGAGAUCUGACUCCCGCCAUGUGCUGCAAAUUUCGGAAGCCAUUAACCAAGUCUCACCGUGUCUCCCUUCUAUUGGCGCAUUGUUUUUCUCCAGUAGACUACGUGAAAAUGAGGGAUCCCCUUCAGUCCUUCACCCGCGAGUACGACUAACAGUGACCAAACUUAACAGUCAUGCAUCUCACUGUCUCUGAUCAACGGUGACUUGACUUCGGAAUAUUCAAUACGCGUAAUGCCGCCCAAUCCUGGAAUCCCCGGAGCCAAAUCAGCCAAUCCCUUCACACAUGCAUGCAUAUAUAUAAAACAAGACCCACGUUUCAAAGUCGGAUUAUUCCAGACACUUCCUCUGAAGCCAUGGCCUCCUGGACUUCCAGAGCUCCUAGUAGCAACUCUACUCUCUUGCCUUUUUUACUGGUUUUCGUAUUGGGUUUGGCUUGUCGGAGCUGUAACGGGUUUGGGACGUUCGGGAUUCCUUUCCACCACCGGUCCUCGGAUCCCGUAACCGGAAUUCUCGGCUACGAUGAGCUCCCGCAAAAGGGGAGUCCUGAAUAUUACACUGCCAUGACUCACCGGGACCGGUUGAUCCGAGGCCGCCACCUCGGCGAAACGACGCCGCUUACUUUCGUUUACGGCAACGAUACUUACCGGAUUGCCGCUUUUGGACACUUGCAUUAUGCGAAUGUUUCUGUUGGGACUCCAAGGACUUCGUAUCUUGUGGCUUUGGAUACUGGCAGUGAUUUAUUGUGGUUGCCGUGUGAUUGUAUCAGUUGUGUGAAGGGAGUUAAUACAUCAGAUGGAGAGGUGGUGGAUUUUGACAUCUACAGCCCUAAUAAAUCAACAACAAGCAAAAAGGUUCCUUGCAACAGCACAUAUUGCGAACAACAACAGCUGUGCUCUUCACCAAGUAGUGAUUGUCCUUAUUUUAUUAACUAUCUUUCUGCUAGCACUUCAUCUUCUGGAAUCGUAGUAGAGGACGUUUUGCACUUGACUACUGAUGAUGCUAAACUAAAAGGUGUCGAGGCGCCGAUAGCCUUUGGGUGUGGUAGGUAUCAGACUGGUACAUUUUUAAGUGGGGCAGCUCCCAAUGGUUUAUUAGGGCUUGGUAUGGAUGGUGUAUCCAUUCCUAGCAUGUUAGCAAAACAGGGGCUUGCUUCAGAUUCUUUUUCCAUGUGUUUUGGAAUUGAUGGAGGUGGGAGAAUUAGAUUUGGUGAUAAUGGAAGUGUAGGCCAACCAGAAACACCAUUCUAUGUCAGAGAUAUCCAUCCAACUUACAACAUUACGGUUACUCAAAUAGCCGUUGGAAAAAGUGUUGCUGAUCUUGAAUUCUAUGCAAUUUGGGACUCUGGUACCUCAUUUACGUACCUAAAUGAUCCAGCUUACACCCAGAUUUCUAAGAGUUUCAACAGCGCCAUCAAUGAUAAGCGGGCUACAAAUAAUUCUGAUCUUCCUUUUGAAUAUUGUUAUACGGUCAGUCCAAAUCAAACGUUGAAUUUGACAAUGAAAGGCGGAAAGCAUUAUAAUGUUAUUGAUCCACUUGUACUUCUUUCUGAGAGGGAAGGAAAUAUACUGCUCUAUUGUCUGGGCGUUGUCAAAAGUGAUGAUGUAAAUAUCAUUGGACAAAACUUCAUGACCGGUUACCGUAUAAUAUUUGAUCGCGAGAAGCUGGUACUGGGUUGGACAGAGUCAGAUUGUUACAAUGAUGAGGAAACCUCAACUGUUCCCAUCAGUCCAUCCGAAUCUCCUUCCUCAUCCAAAUGUCCGGCCGCAUCCCCAACUUGAAAGAGUUUUAUUUAUGUUGGUUUUUUGUUUUAUUUUCAUUCGAAUAAUUGUAGAAGUUCCAUUCUACAAGGAGUUGGUUUGUAUUGACUAAUUCUCUAGGAGAAUCCCUUGAGUCUCGGAGUUGUUAGACAUGGGAUUAGUCGUUGCUAUUUUCUGCUAUGUUUGUUGUUGUACUUGCUAUUUAGGCACGUCAAUAAAAUCAGUACUUUGAAUUCAA